UGACCUCCCCCGCACGGACAGGCUGACACUGACACAUCAAAUGUCUAUUGUGCCUUCUGACCAUUUUAGUAGCACACACUAACACUUUAAUACUGCAUCACAUGAAUACAUCCCCUUGGUGUGGGUAACCCCAUGUACUCUGGAUGUUACAACACUCAGGUUAAAGUCGGUCACCUGCAUGUGUCCCUGAUCAGAGUCCCGGGGGAGUAAACCUCUGAUUUGCAGCUGACUGACCCUUUACCGGUCCAAUUAGAACGGUCCCAUCUUCGGCGACCAGCCAACCGCGUCGACUCAUUCAGUGAGUCAGCUAUUGGUGGGAAUCUCCUCCCCAACAUCCCACACUCGAAGGUUUAAAAACCCAGCACCCUCACCUGCCCUGCCCGUGCAUUCAGGAGCGACACCUCGUUCAGCAGCCACACAAACGCACAAACUCACACACUCACACAAAGCCGGACUUUAGAAAAUCAAACACACUCCCACACCUCAUCCGCCCGAGACAGCUAUGUCUGGGAGAGAGGCCCGACUGACUCAGAAUCCUCUGCAGAAGAUCUGGGUCCCCAAUGUGACCAGCAGGUUACUGCGCCGCAGAGGCUCGUCAGUGCCUCAGUUCACCAACUCCCCCACCAUGAUUGUACUGGUGGGCUUACCUGCCAGGGGGAAGACCUACAUCUCAAAGAAGCUUACCAGAUACCUCAACUGGAUCGGGGUUCCCACCAGAGUGUUCAAUGUAGGGCAGUAUAGAAGAGACGCAACACGUUCCUACAACAGUUAUGAAUUCUUCAAACCCGACAAUGAAGAGGCCAUGAAGAUACGCAAAGCUUGUGCCAUCUCGGCCCUGAGAGACGUGUGUUCCUACUUUAACAGACAAGAAGGACAGGUGGCGGUGUUCGACGCGACCAACACCACCCAGGAGCGCCGAGAGGUCAUCCUGAGCUUCGCCAAGGAGAAUGGAUACAAGGUUUUCUUUGUUGAGUCGAUAUGUGAAGAUCCUCAAAUCAUCGCUGAGAACAUUAAACAAGUGAAGCUGAGCAGUCCGGACUAUGUGGACUGUGACAAAGAGGAGGCCGUGGCAGACUUCCUGAAGAGGAUCGAGUGCUACAAGCUUUCCUACACCCCCCUGGACGACGACCGGGACAGAAACCUGUCCUACAUCAAGAUCUUCAACGUGGGCAGCAGGUACCUGGUGAACCGCGUCCAGGACCACAUCCAGAGCCGCAUUGUGUACUACCUCAUGAACAUCCACGUCACGCCGCGCUCCAUCUACCUGAGCCGCCACGGGGAGAGCGAGCUCAACCUGCUGGGACGCAUCGGGGGCGACUCGGGGCUGUCGCCGCGCGGCGCCGGGUUUGCCAGUGCCCUGUGCACCUACAUGCGGGACCAGAACAUCAGCGAUCUGAAGGUGUGGACCAGCCACAUGAAGAGGACCAUCCAGACGGCCGAGGCCCUUGGGGUCCCGUACGAGCAGUGGAAGGCCCUCAAUGAGAUAGACGCUGGUGUGUGUGAAGAUAUGACGUAUGAGGAGAUCCAAGAGCAUUACCCAGAGGAGUUUGCCCUGAGGGACCAAGACAAGUACCGCUACCGCUAUCCCAAAGGAGAGUCCUACGAAGACCUGGUGCAGCGCCUGGAGCCAGUCAUCAUGGAGCUGGAGAGGCAGGAGAACGUUCUGGUCAUCUGUCAUCAGGCCGUCAUGCGCUGCCUGCUGGCGUACUUCCUUGACAAGAGUGCUAGUGAGCUGCCCUAUCUCAAGUGUCCUCUGCACACGGUCCUGAAGCUCACGCCCGUCGCCUACGGUUGUAAAGUGGAGUCAUUGUUCCUCAACAUAGAGGCUGUGAACACACACCGGGAUCGACCAGAGAACGUGGAGGUGGACCGAGACCCAGAGGAGGCUCUGGAGACCGUACCAGACCACAUCUAGACCGACACGGGGAAGCAGAGACAGGAGACGGAACAAGAGCCUUUUUCUUUAAUAAGUUAUUGCAAGUGUUGCCAUGUUAGUGAAGUCCAACGUGAACUACUGUGAGACCUUAUAGUAGGGCAGCCUUCUUGCAACGCACUUUAUAAUGCUGUACUCUGGCCAGAAGGCCGUUUCCUGUGUAGCAAUAAGACAUGGACACUUUGCGGCACACAGGUCAGAAUACCAGCAAUAUUGUUUGCAUACUCUAAAUCCAUCAUAAUUAUCUCCAUCCGCUCUCAGCCUCCCUUAAUUCACUCCUGUUUUCCAAUACAGUGACCCACAUCACAUGAUUUGAAACCGUCAGAAUAGCUGACAUUUUGGUUCAAUUUAUACAAAAAAAGAAUUCAUGUUUAGUUUAAAAUACAACUUAAAUCACAAGGGAGUAUUAAAGAACAAAAAGGUGCAUUCCAAGAUGAUGCAUAAUAUGAAGUGGUCCGAAAGUGGAUCUGUGGGUGUGGAGGUACAACACAGAUGUAAUUCAAAUCGUACUAAUUAACUAAAGAAAGCACCAUCCCCAUCGGAUCAAACUUGUAGGGGAAGUUGGCCUUCUACUGCCCAACACCACUGUGUGCCUCAAGUCAAAUGUACAUAACACUAUGCACCAUGAUGCAGUCUAGCCUAGCUACGCUUACUGUGGACUCACUGUCUUACCUCAUUUGAGCCAUUUUCCUUAACCUUGGCUCAGUUGGUUUAACAAAUCCUCAAUCUUACACUGAAUUGUUCAAAUGUGGCACUUGUGAAUAGUGUGUAAUUAAUGUAUGCAAUAUUGAAUGCAGCUGAAUAUCUGAUCAGGUUUAUCUUGGUUUCCCAAGAGGCAAUUUAAAGGAAUCCUUAAGAACAUUUACAUGUAAACUUGUUCAGCUGCGAAUCUGAACCUAGACUAAGACUAGAGCGGGUCAAUGUCAUUAAGAGGUGAUCUUCAAGAUGUUGUCCUUAAUACCCAUUGGUUUGUAACAGAACGUGAUGACAGCUCUUCCCAAGUAGUUGUCAAGUACACAACCAAGUAGGAUGUAGACCUCCAUCAUUAUGUGAUCACUUCAAUGUAUACGUCUUAGAUUCAUAAGUGAUAUUUUGAGUGUGUGCCAAGCCUCCCAUUGUGUGGCAUUGUGUUUAAUGUCGUCAGAUACUGUGCAACAAAGCCCUGUGGCGUGUGUGAGAAAAACUAAAAGCAAUCACUGAGGCAAAGAUACACAAAUAGGGUUUAUUUUAUGAAAAAUUAUAUUUACAACUGGCACCUUGAACUAAUAAAACAUACAAUGCCUUA